CUAUCGCAUAUUCGCAUUCCCCAAGUCCUGCUAUCUAAAAUUAUAGGGAAUAGUUUGGUUUGGCUGAGCUGAGCUGAGCUGAACUUCCAGAAAAUUUUAAAAAUUGAGACGAUAUGUGCUAGUUGGGGUUCUUCAGAUCAGAAUGGAGGAAUCCUCGGUGCUGAACAAGAUGUUGCUCAAUCUUCGCGCAACGUGCAAGUACUAUACUGGAUAUCCAAGGGAUCUAGGACCAUCAAGAGUUGUUCAUUUUACCUCGGAGCGUGAAUUUGUACAGCUUCUCCACCAAGGUCACCCUGUGGUUGUUGCAUUUACCAUAAAAUGUAACCUCACCAAACGUCUAGAUAGAGUACUGGAAGAAGCUGCAGCAGAGUUCUAUCCUCAUGUAAAAUUUAUGCGUGUUGAGUGCCCAAAGUAUCCUGGAUUUUGCAUAACACGCCAAAAGACGGAAUAUCCCUUCAUAGAAAUAUUUCACAGUCCAGAACAGGCAGCUGAUCAAGUGAAGGCUGUUGAUCCAAAUAUCACAAAGUACGCUGUCAAAGUUUUACCCUUCAACUAUGAUGUCAGUGCCUAUGGAUUCAGAGAGUAUUUCAAGCGCAACGGGAUAAAGUCUUCCGACUGAAGUGUGUGGAUGUAGAUUGUAGAUCUCUUUCUUGACAAUGCAGAAUUUAUCUUUUGGUCUGUCCAAAAUAAUACUAUUUCCAUAGUUUCGUAUAUCCAUUUGUUGAUCUCUCUUGGCAAUAAGUAGAGCAUCUCGUGAAAAAUUUAUCCAACAAUCAUGAAUAUAUGAUGCCUAUUUAAGAUA